GAAGGUGCCCGGAUAUUGAAAGAAAAUGCUUAUUAUAACAUUAUUACUGUCGUUUUAUUUGACAUCGCCAGUAUUCGGGCUGAUGAAGAUUACAACAUAUAAUUUAUGGAAUAUAAUGUUUAACUGGGAUGUUAGAAAAUAUCGAAUAGCAAGAAUGAUAAGGGAAGAGCAGUCUGAUAUCAUUGGUUUUCAAGAGGUGAGAUUUGAUGCUGAAACAGGAAGAAAUCAGGUGUCUGAUCUUCAAAAGCUGCUUCCUGAAUACCAGUGGUCGUUUGUCAAUAAAGCUAAUGAUGUGUCAAGGAAGGAGAACUCCAUUCAUAGUGGAUGGAAAGGGGAAGGUAUUGGAAUUUUGAGCAGAUAUCCAAUUAUAUCUGCAAAUAGAAAAGUUGUUCCAUACCAGCAGGGACCAGACACAAAUAAAAGAAUCAUAAUUCAUGCUAAAGUCAGAACAGAUCACUCUGGAAUCCUUGAUGUGUUUGUUGUUCAUUUCUCUUACGUGAGACAACAACAGUGUGAAAACGCAGAUGCCCUCUUACGUUUACUUAGAGAAAGAAGCUUUAGAUAUGUUGUCAUCAUGGGAGAUAUGAAUAUCUACAAGGACUUUGAAUGGCCAGUAAAGUUGCUGACUUCCAAACGCAGGACAGACUUCAAAGGCUGCAUCCCUCAACUACAAAGCUUCCGAAGAAAAAGACAAACAUUUUUGGAUGCUUGGACUGAGGUGCAUGGAUCAGAAGAGACAGGAUAUACUUUCAGCAACAUGCCAUCCCCAGGACUGGAGAGCCGACCUGACAGAAUUAUAGUGAAUUCUAAACUCGACGUUAAAGCUGCCUCCCUUACAGGAGAUGGCUCCUUCUACAAAGACAAGUACAGCUCCAGCAUCAGUUUUCAUAGACUAAAAUCCUUGAUCCACCACUCCUAUCUCAGCUACAUGGGUGUGACAGGCUAUCCCUGUGUACAGGAUUGUGGGCCAAAUGGUUCAUGUCGGUGUGGGGUGUGUGUCAAGGGGGAUAAUUCAAACAACUGUGAUUUGCCAAAUUGUCCAGAGUGCAACCAUGAUACCUACAAGAACAUAGUUUUGUUUGCCUUAGUUUUCAUUAUUGUGUGCUUUCACUUGUUUUUUGCUGUUUUAAUUAUUUUUAUCAAUGGUGCAGAUUUUCGAAGAGAAGCAGUGUUUCAAAUCUUGGGAUGCAACUGUUGUUUAUGUCAUCCAGACAAUUUUAAAAAACACCGCUCUUCUUCAAGAAUGAAACUUUUUAGAAAUUGCAUGAGGUGGCCAUUAUUUAGACUGCCUCCUUUUUAUUUAUUCUUUUUCUCCAUUUUAAGUUUGGCUAUUGCCUUAUAUAGUUUUAACAAGGUAUUUGUAGAUUCUUUUAAAACUAUUUCAAUGGUUAUGGAUGAGGAAUAUUUUCCCUCGGACCAUUUGAUGCUCUCUGCUGUGAUAGCAAUAUAAUUUUUCAAAAUUUUUUCUUUUACAUUGAAGAAUAAGUCCCCUUCUCUAACUGCCUCAUUUUGAAGUUAUUACUGUGUUAAUCUAAAACAGGAAAAAUGACACAGGAUAAAUAUAUGUUUACAUUAAUAGAUCCCAAUAGAUCAUACCAGGUCAAACCAUUGUUUUGUGGCAUUCAUAUAUUAAUUUAUUUCAGAUUAUUUUUAACAGCCUAGCUGCUAUUUUGAUAUUUUUGAAAUAUCAAACACGCAAAGAUAGACAAUAAUUUUAUACGCUUGUUACAUGUACCUUGUACUUCAUAUAAUUGUAUCAGGAAAUUUGCCUCUGUUUAAAUUGUAUGCUUGAUGA